GGAGCCCGAGGGAGCGAUCGGCGCGCUGGCCGCCGGGGCCCGGGCGCGCUCCGGGGGCGCGGCGAGGCCGAGGGGGCGGGCGCCGGGCGGAGCCGCAGUCGGAGCCGGGGCGCCUGGAGGCGAGCGGGCCGCUCUCCCCGGGCUCAGAGCAGCGGAGAGGCCGUGCGGCGGGCGUCAGGGCCGGAGCACAGCCCCGAGCCCGAGGUGGGCCGAGAGGGGCCGCGGCCGGAGCGGCGCCAGGACGCUCCCCGGGGGCGCGGAGGCCGGGCAGGCCCGGGCCAUGCGCGCUGCUCCCUGAGGCCGAGGGAGGCCACGAUGGAGGUGUCUGCGGGAGAGCCCCCGGCCCGGGGCUGCGGUCCCCCGCCCGCACCCGCCCCGGAGAGGAAGAAGAGCCACCGCGCGCCGUCGCCGGCCCGGCCCAGGGACGUGGCCGGCUGGUCUCUGGCCAAGGGCCGUCGCGGCCCAGGCCCGGGCUCCGCAGCCGCCGGCAGCGCAGCGUCUUCCACGCGGCCCGACAAGAAGGGGCGCGCGGUAGCGCCCGGGGCGCGGGGCGCAGGGACGCGCGUCGCCGGGGUCCGUACUGGGGUCCGCGCCAAGGGCCGCCCGCGCCCGGGUGCCGGGCCGCGACCACCGCCGCCGCCGCCCAGCCUCACCGACAGCAGCUCAGAGGUGUCGGACUGCGCGUCGGAGGAGGCGCGCCUGCUGGGCCUGGAGCUGGCGCUGAGCAGCGACGCCGAGUCGGCGGCCGGGGGCCCGGCGGGGGCCCGCACCGGGCAGCAGCCCCAGCCCGCGCUGCCCGCACAGCAGCCUCCGCGGCCACCCGCCUCCCCGGAUGAGCCGUCGGUGACCGCGUCGUCUGUGGGCAGCAGCCGCCUGCCACUCAGUGCCUCUCUCGCCUUCUCCGACCUCACCGAGGAGAUGCUGGACUGCGGGCCCGGCGGCUUCAUGCGAGAAUUGGAGGAGCUGCGCUCGGAAAACGACUAUCUCAAGGAUGAGAUUGAGGAGCUGCGGGCAGAGAUGCUGGAGAUGCGGGAUGUCUACAUGGAGGAGGACGUGUACCAGCUGCAGGAGCUGCGGCAGCAGCUGGACCAGGCCAGCAAAACCUGCCGCAUCCUGCAGUACCGGCUGCGUAAGGCCGAGCGCCGCAGCCUCCGUGCUGCCCAGACCGGCCAGGUGGAUGGUGAGCUCAUCCGAGGCCUAGAGCAGGACGUCAAGGUCUCUAAGGACAUCUCUGUGCGGCUGCAUAAGGAACUCGAGGUGGUAGAGAAGAAACGGGUGCGGCUGGAGGAGGAGAAUGAGGAGCUUCGGCAGCGGCUCAUCGAGACUGAGCUGGCUAAGCAGGUGCUACAGACGGAGCUGGAGCGUCCAAGAGAGCAUUCCUUGAAGAAAAGAGGAACUCGCUCCCUGGGGAAGACAGACAAGAAGUCUUCCAUGCAGGAGGACAGUGCGGACCUGAAGUGCCAGCUGCACUUUGCAAAAGAGGAGUCAGCCCUCAUGUGCAAGAAGCUCACCAAGUUAGCCAAAGAGAACGACAGCAUGAAGGAGGAGCUGCUCAAGUACCGCUCGCUCUACGGAGAUCUGGACAGUGCCCUGUCCGCUGAGGAGCUGGCCGAUGCACCCCACUCUCGUGAGACUGAGCUGAAGGUGCAUCUGAAGCUGGUGGAGGAGGAAGCCAACCUGUUGAGCCGCCGCAUCGUGGAGUUGGAGGUGGAAAACCGAGGUUUGCGGGCCGAGAUGGAUGACAUGAAAGACCACGGGGGCGGCUGUGGGGGCCCGGAGGCCCGCCUGGCCUUCUCUGCGCUGGGUGGCAGUGAGUGCGGGGAGAGCCUGGUGGAGCUGCGGCGACACCUGCAGUUCGUGGAGGAGGAGGCGGAGCUGUUGCGGCGCUCCUCGGCAGAGCUUGAGGACCAGAACAAGCUGCUGCUGACUGAGCUGGCCAAGUACCGCUCGGAGCAUGAGCUGGACGUGACGCUGUCGGAGGACAGCUGCUCCGUGCUCAGCGAGGCCUCACAGGAGGAGCUGGCGGCUGCCAAACUGCAGAUCGGCGAGCUCAGCGGCAAGGUCAAGAAGCUACAGUACGAGAAUCGCGUGCUCCUGUCCAACCUCCAGCGCUGUGAUCUUGCCUCCUGCCAGAGCACACGGCCAAUGCUGGAGACGGAUGCCGAGGCUGGGGACUCUGCCCAGUGUGUGCCUGCUGCUCUUGGCGAGGCACAUGGCCCCCAGGCCACCCGGCUCUGCAGAGCCAGGGAGGCUGAAGCACUGCCUGGGCUGAGGGAGCAGGCUGCCCUGGUCAGCAAGGCCAUCGACAUCCUGGUGGCUGAUGCCAAUGGCUUUUCGGCUGGCCUCCGCCUGUAUUUGGACAAUGAGUGUGCUGACUUUCGGCUGCAUGAAGCCCCUGACAACAGUGAGGGUCCCAAGGACACCAAGCUCAUCCAUGCCAUCCUGGUACGGCUGAGCCUGCUCCAGCAGGAACUCAAUGCCUUCACGAGGAAGGCGGACUCGGUCCUUGGGAGCUCUGCCAAGGAGCAGCCUGAGUCCUUCUCGUCACUGCCCACCUUGGGCUCCCAGGUGCCCUCCAAGGAGAUUCUUCUGGCCAAAGACCUUGUCUCAGACUUCCAGCCGCCUGAUUACAGGGACCUGCCAGAAUGGGAGCCCAGGAUAAGAGAAGCCUAUCGCACUGGUGACCUGGACUCCAAGCCUGACCCCAGCCGGAGCUUCAGACCUUACCGAGUGGAAGACAAUGAUUCUUAUGCCUCUGAGAUCAAAGAGCUGCAGCUGGUGCUGGCUGAGGCCCACGACAGCCUCCGGGGCCUGCAAGAGCAGCUCUCCCAGGAACGGCAGCUACGGAAGGAGGAGGCCGAUAACUUCAACCAGAAAAUGGUCCAGCUGAAGGAGGACCAGCAGAGGGCGCUCCUGAGGCGGGAGUUUGAGCUGCAGAGUCUGGGCCUCCAGCGCAGGCUGGAGCAGAAAUUCUGGAGCCAGGAGAAGAACAUGCUGGUGCAGGAGUCCCAGCAGUUCAAGCACAACUUCCUGCUGCUCUUCAUGAAGCUCCGGUGGUUUCUCAAGCGCUGGCGGCAGGGCAAGGUUUUGCCCAGCGAGGGGGAUGACUUCCUUGAGGUAAAUAGCAUGAAGGAGCUGUACCUGCUAAUGGAAGAAGAAGAAUUAAAUGCCCAGCAUUCUGAUAACAAAACCUGCACAGGGGACAGCUGGACCCAAAACACGCCUAAUGAGUACGUCAAGACACUGGCCGACAUGAAGGUGACGCUGAAGGAGCUGUGCUGGCUGCUCCGGGAUGAACGCCGCGGUCUGACUGAGCUGCAGCAGCAGUUUGCCAAGGCCAAGGCCACGUGGGAGACAGAGCGGGCAGAGCUCAAGGGCCACACCGCCCAGGUGGAGCUGAAGGCUGGGAAGGGGGCUGGAGAGCGGUCAGGGCCAGACUGGAAGGCAGCCCUGCAGAGAGAGCGUGAGGAGCAGCAGCACCUCCUGGCCGAGUCCUACAGUGCUGUCAUGGAGCUGACACGGCAGCUGCAGAUCAGCGAGCACAACUGGAGCCAGGAGAAAAUGCAGCUGGUGGAGCGGCUUCAGGGUGAGAAGCAGCAAGUGGAGCAGCAGGUAAAGGAGCUGCAGAACCGUCUGAGCCAGCUGCAGAAGGCUGCUGACCCUUGGGCCUUGAAGCACUCGGACUUGGAGAAGCAAGACAACAGCUGGAAAGAGACACGAAGUGAGAAGAUCCAUGACAAGGAGGCCGGUUCUGAAGCCGAGCUUGGGGGAACUGGCCUGAAGAGGACCAAAUCUGUUUCCUCCAUGUCUGAGUUUGAAAGUUUGCUUGACUGUUCCCCAUACCUUGCCAGUGAAGCCACCCGGGGCAAGAAGCUGCCCAACAACCCUGCCUUUGCCUUUGUGGGUGCCCAGCCAGUGGACCCAGAGAAGGAUGCCCAGGAACAGCCAGGGCUCUCACCCCGGGACUGCAACCGCCUGGGUGCUCUGGGCUGCCAGGAGCCAGCAGGGAGGCAGAUGCAGCGCAGCUACACAGCUCCGGACAAGACGGGCAUCCGAGUCUACUACAGCCCCCCAGUGGCCCGGCGCCUGGGCGUCCCUGUGGUCCAUGAUAGGGAGGGCAAGAUCAUCAUUGAGCCAGGCUUCCUCUUCACCACAGCCAAGCCCAAAGAGUCGGCUGAGGCCGAUGGACUGGCCGAGAGCUCCUACAGCCGGUGGCUCUGCAACUUUUCACGGCAGCGCCUGGACGGGGGCUCAGGGGGCAGCACUGCAGCAGCUGGGCCUGGCUUCCCAGCAGCCUUGCAUGACUUCGAGAUGUCGGGCAACAUGAGUGACGACAUGAAGGAGAUCACCAAUUGCGUGCGCCAGGCCAUGCGCUCAGGCUCGCUGGAGAGGAAGGUAAAAAGCACGUCCAGCCAGACAGUAGGCCUGGCCAGUGUGGGCACACAGACCAUCCGCACUGUCAGCGUAGGCCUGCAGACCGACCCUCCCCGCAGCAGCCUCCACAGCAAGAGCUGGUCGCCCCGCAGCUCCUCGCUGGUGUCUGUGCGCAGCAAGCAGAUCUCCUCCUCCCUGGACAAGGUACACUCACGUAUCGAGCGGCCAUGCUGCUCACCCAAGUAUGGCUCUCCGAAACUCCAGAGGCGGUCCGUGUCCAAGCUGGACAGCGCCAAGGACCGCAGCCUGUGGAACCUGCACCAGGGCAAGCAGAAUGGCUCGGCCUGGGCCCGUUCCACCACCACACGGGACAGCCCCGUGUUGAGGAACAUCAACGAUGGGCUGUCCAGCCUCUUCAGUGUGGUGGAGCACUCAGGAAGCACGGAGUCUGUCUGGAAACUGGGCAUGUCGGAGGCGCGAGCCAAGCCCGAGCCUCCCAAGUACGGCAUUGUGCAGGAGUUCUUCCGCGACGUGUGUGGCCGGGUACUGAGCCCCACCUCGGCAGCAGGGGAGGAGAGCAUCAGGAAGCUGGAGCCCCUCUCCCCAGCCAGUUACCAUCAGCCAGAGGGAAUGGCCAGGAUCCUGAACAAAAAGGCAGCCAAGUCAGGCAGCAGUGAGGAGGCCAGACUCUCCGUGCUUCCCCAGGUGGGGAAGGAUGGUGUCCCCCGGGACGGAGAUGGGGCCAUGGUCCUUCCCAGUGAGUCUCCGUGCUGCUCAGGGGUGGGAGCUAGAAGGCCCCAGACCUGGACUACAGCAGACCUGAUGGAUGCAUGGUCUGAGUACCAAGAGAUGAGCGAACGUGGCUUGACUAGCUGCUUUGCCACCACACACCAGAUGUUGCCAGCAUCUCAUUGUUCUCCUGCCACCUGCUGUGUGCUACAGCCAGCUCACUUGGAUGCUGUCUGUGACUGCAGCACCCCGUCUCUCACCUGCUUUGUCCGGCCUUCCCGCUCUGCCAUCCGCCAUUCUCCUUCCAAGUGCAGGCUGCACCCUUCAGAGCCCGGGUGGGGUGGGGAGGAGAGGGCAGCCCCGCCCAGCGAGUGACAAAGCAGCUGUGCUCCCCACAUCAACCAGCCCAGUCCCUGGAUAGCCGAAGGGAACCAGCGGAGAGGAGAUGAGGUGAGGGACUCUGCCCUUGACGUCACCUUCGGGAGCAGCAGCUGCUCCACUGCCAGAGAACAGCUUCCUGUCCAGGUAAAGCGGGGUUGCCUGCUGACUGCCGGGUGGUGAUCUCUGACUUCCCAGGGGAGAAAGAGCAAAACUGGGCUUCUGAAGCAUCUCCAGAGAGAUCCCUUGGGAGCAAAUCCUUUGGGAGCUGAUGCCUGGGUCAGAAGAGCCAAGGAAAGGAUAUACUUCUGGCCGUGCCCCUCAGGGAAAAGGGCUCACAGUUGUUCCCUGCCAACUACAUCCCCCUUCCUGGGGAGGAAACACCGAGGAGAACAGGCUUUGCUCUCAGGCUCACCUUGGGGCUCCCGGUGGAGCUGAACUGGGCAUCAUCCCCGCCUGUUCCUUCCCGCCACCAGCCCCUGCUCCCAGCCCUGCUGCUCUGGGGGCUGUGAUUCUAGGGGGUAUGAUAGGGCUGUAGCCAGGACCAGGCAUCUGCUUGGAAUCCUGGAGCCCUGGAUCCUCCUGCCUGUAGCCUGGAUGCAGCAAGGACUGGAGGACAAGGUAGAAUGUGCAGGGCUCAGGGUCGGGGAGCCACCAGAACUGCCUCCCUUGCUAAGGUGGCUUGGGGGACUCCAACCUUUCCAGGAGACUCCUUGAAGACAGAAAUAGGUAGAGUCAGUCUCAAGACCUGGUUCACAGAUCAACACCUAAAUGCCUACUGCCUUGACCUCUGGGGCCUCUUUCUCUGGCACCUGGAGGGUCACUACAUCUCCCCUGUGUUUAUAUCCUGUGGCUGGCAGAGGGCAAAGUCCCAAUGAGAAACACCCCAUUGGCCAGGCCUGGCCAGAGACCCCAGCAAGCCCAUGCCCUAGGACAUGGCAGUAGACUGCGGCCUGGAAACAUGUUUCUUGCUUUCGUUGUUUAUUUGAAUUUUUCAUGCUAUAAAUAUUUAAGGUGGUUUUACUUUAUUUUAAUAAUUUAAUUUACCCCAAAGUCCCUAAGGUAAUUUAUUGGAGGUUGAGACAUGUAUUCUUGCCACUGGGACAAUGCGAGGCUUCUAACACAAUGAACAGGCGUGGGGUCCCCCAUGCAGAUGCGGCAGCUCAGCAGCCAAGCUCUGGUCUCCUGGUCAGGUUUGGACGGGGGCACGCCUGGUAGAGAUGGAGCCUUGCAGCCUGCUCCCCCAAUACCACCGACCGUUUGACCUCAGAGCACUGUUUUUCACCCAGUACCUGGUACUUGCCAGCCCCCAGCAGUGAGCCUAUAAAUGCUUGCUGACAGGGUGGAGGGCUGGACUGAUGUCAUCAUUUCCCAAACAUUCUCCAUGUCCCUCCUCACUUUCCUCCCUCCCUCUACACCUUUUUAAUGAGUCAAACAUAGAUAGAUCACUAAGGCUCAAUCAAGAGCAUGGAGAUCUCCAAGUUCCCUAUGAGAACUCGCAGGAAAACAGGACUGAACUUCGAGAAUGUUGUUUAUUGCAGCUUUGCACAUGGAUCUGAGAUUGUCUGCCAGCCUGCUCAGUUCUCACCAGCCUGCCAACCUUUCACCAGCUUCUCUCCUUAGCCUUAUGGCCUCUUCUGGCUCUUCUCCCAGUCCCAGCUUCACGGCCUGCCCUUCCCCACAUGCCGUGUGAGCUGCCGGAGCCAUCGGGCGGAUUGCUGCAUGGCUCGGUACAGUGUGGCGAGGAGGGCCUCAGAUGGCCUCCUCCUUGGUGCCAGUGAACCAUUUUGAUUGCACACACGCAGACGUGUGGCCCUGCAGUACCUGGCUGGGGCCCGGAGUGGAAACACCAGGAUGAAGCAGCUUGUCUGUGGAAUUCCCCAUCGGGAGGACCAAAAACCAGCAGCUUUGCUAGGUUGCCCUAGGACUCAGGAGAUGACUCUGCUCUCCCACCUGCUUCUAGUCCUGCCUUUUCAAGGUCACCUGGACAAAUUACCCAAAGUCUUUCAUCUCUAUUCCCUAUGGGCAGGACAUGAGGGUCAUGUCACUCUGACCAGCCACUUCCUCAUGCCAUAGUGACUCGUGUGGGCGGAGCAGGUAGGCCAAUGGGGCCAGUACCCCUGGGAAGCUGCUGCUCCCACCCUAAAGGGCAGGGGUCUUCUCCAACGCUAUCUCUAGGUGAGGGGAUUCAUACCAGGCCACAAGCCACCAGAGGCCUUCUGCCACCUCCCUGAGUCUCAGAGGGCCAGGAGGCUAUACUCCUAGCCUUGGGGGGGCAUCCUUGAGACCUGAACCCCAAGGCCUACGGACCGCUCAGCCUUACCGUUGUCCUCGUCCAGGGUUGUCCUUGCCAUUCUCAUUGUCUCUGUGCGUGGCCACCUGGCCCCAAGCUGGUGUCAGAGGCACCAGCUCGUGUAUCUCAGUAAAGUCCCAUUCUCUACUUCCUGCAUGCCAUUGUGCAAGACCACUCAACUGCUCCUACAGUAGCCUCUGGACACGGGACUUGAUGGGGUUGAAAAUGUUACAUGUAAAUAUUGGUUUGGUUUGAUUUUUAGCAUUUUAAUUAGUCACUGGUUAUGUUUUCUUUUGGGGGAUGGGGGGUUGGUUUGUAAAAACUCUCUACUCUUUCGGAAUGUGAUUUCUCAGUUUGUUUGUUUCUUCAAAUGCUUUUUAAGUCUUGGUAACUUUCCCAAAGCAGAAAACUGCCUGACCCACAGUGGGGAUUCCUCUGGAGACUGGGGUCCCAGGAAGGAACACCACCCUUCUUCCCUUUCUUUCCUUUCCUACUAUCCUCUGCCUUUUUUCUCCCGGCACCUUCUCCCUCUUCCAUCCUUCUUCCUUUCCUCCCAUCUCCACUCUCUUCAGCCAAAGUCCCAAGGAACCCUGGGGUCCUAAUCCCUCUAUAGACCACAAAGCUUGGAUUCAUCCUGUUGACACAAGUUGGUUGGAGGAAAAUGAGGGACCAGUUAGCAUGGCUGACCCUAAACUGGACCACUCACAAUUCUUAUGUCUGACCACUUCACAGAGCCAAAUUAGACCCUCCUGGGGGCAGUGAUGUCCAUGUUUGAAAUGAAAAGCAGAUCUCUUUGGCUUAUCAGUGGCUCCUAGAUCCUGCAUGCACAAGGCAUCAGUGGCCAAUUCCCUGUCCCCUUGGCAACUCUUUCCUCCCAGUUAUUACCCCACCAAAGGUUGGCCAAUUUAAAACACACUUAUAAGAGGUUUUUCUUUCUACAAACUCAAAAUGGGCCUCCCCUGGACCUCCCCAGGGAUCCUCCCCUACCAGCUGCUCUCCCAAGUGACAAAGUCAAGGGCCCGAAGAUGACCCUCCUGUACCCUGAGCACCACGUGGAUGCAUCAUGGCCGCCCCAUGCAUCUUUUCCAGUUUCAUCACCCAGCCUGUUCUCUUCUUGCCCAUCCAAUUUCAAGGCCCUUCCUCCCUCUCCCCCUGUCCCAGAAUGCCCCCCUUCCAGCCUCACCAGCUCCCCAGGCUCCCACUCUGCUUCAUUAAUUGCAACAAUCCCCUGCACACCCCACCUAGAGCACUUUACUAUUUAGAAGUUGCUUUCCUGUCCCACAUCUCCUUCAAGCCUCUCAGGGAUGACUGGGAGGAAGCCUUGUCAGGACAGAGGUUAGUGCUCGCGUUUGGCAGAUGAAGAUACUGAGGUACAGGCGUCAACCAGAGUCACCUAAGUGGGAAGUCAUAGAGUCUAGACUAGACCCUGGGCCCACUGGGUCCUCCAGCCCAACUCUGUCCUGCUUGCUGUGUAAACCCACUGCCCCACUAGGGCUUGUGUGGGUACAGGACACCCAGAAUAUGCCACUGUCCUGCCUAGACAUGGCAUUAGUCCACUCUGAAUCCCAGAGGUGAUCUGGGGACUCCCUGCUUCAGAAUCCUCUGAGGGCUCCAUUGCCAUUUCUUGGGUCCCACCUCAGCCUUCUGGGCACGCAAACUGCGUAUCUAACAAACUCCCAGGGAAAUCUUGAGCACCAGUGGCCACAUUGUUUUUGUUCACAGCCCUAACAGUUAGGCCAUCUUUACCAAUAAUCACAAUGCUAUGUCUUAAAAAA